CGCAAAAACUACAAGUCCCGACAACGCCUGAAAGCCUCCGCGCAUGCGCAAAGAAGCAGCUUCGUCAAAUGUUUUGUUUCCACGCCAUAUUUGUUAGCCGGCUAGCGCUCGGUAAAGAGGCUUCUGACGCGAUCUCGGCACAAUCCGACAUCAUCGGCGCUUUCUGAGGAGCAUCGACUUCACAGCUGCCUUUCUCACAGCAUACACGCGUUUAUACGUCCUUAGCCAAGGGUCUGGCCGCGAGCUCAACGCAGAAUUUGAAUAAAAACGAAGCGAUCGAGUUGCGUUCCCUUGAGAUCAGAGCAGGACUGUGACUGGCGGGGGGUCUCUCGCUGCUCGGAUUACUUCCUUUCGCCAUUCUUUUUGUCUCAAACACAAGCUUCAGUAACAUGGCGUGUGGAGCCACUCUGAAGAGGACUAUGGACUUCGAUCCUCUGAUGAGCCAAGCGUCUCCGAAGAGGAGGAGGUGCGCGCCCGUGUCUCCCUCCAGCUCCAGCGCGUCCCCGCAGAAAUACCUGCGCAUGGAGCCGUCGCCCUUCGGCAGAGUGACCUCCGCGCUCACCACAGAGCAAAUCCUGAGCAACAUCAAGCAGGAGUACAAGCGCAUGCAGAAGAGGAGGCACCUGGAGAGCAGCUUGCAGCAGACGGACGCAUGCUGCCCCCUCGAGCCUCAGCCACACGCCUCCACGCUGCCAGGAGCGUCCUGUGGCUCAGCUUCCCCCUCCAGACGCGAGCAGCCGCUCUUCACGCUGAAGCAGGUGGGCAUGAUCUGUGAGCGUCUGCUGAAGGAGCGCGAGGAGAAGGUGCGCGAGGAGUACGACGAGAUCCUCACCACCAAACUCGCAGAGCAGUACGAUGCUUUCGUGAAGUUCACCCACGACCAGCUGAUGAGGCGUUUCGGGGAGCAGCCGGCCAGCUAUGUGUCCUGAGCGGUGUCCUGUGCUCUGGUGUGAGCUCCAGCAGUGCCAAUCGACUGCAUCUUUCCCCGCUGGCCACGGACUGUGUGUCAGGCUUCUGUCUCUCUCUGCAGCGGCUCAGUGCUUCCUGCCUCCUCACCUGCAACUAUUACUCCAGUCAGUGCUCCUGUGUCUCGUACUGAACCCUGGGUAUUUAUUAGGCUUUGACCAUGCCUUUUAUACAGCCACCUGUCAUUACAUCCUUGUUUUUUGUCUUUGAUUUCUAUAAAAUGCCUUUUAUUGGCUGCAGAUGACGUGGAUUGCCAUGAUGAAUGUGAGGGAGACUGCUGUUCAUAGCUUUGUGUAAAUACAUCCUGGCCUUCAUCUGCAGUUUUCAUGUACAAAUCAAACUAAGCAUUUAUUUUGAUUAGAGUCGGUUUUCAUGCUUUGUAUUUAUUUUAACUGUUUUGCCCCUUUCCUCUGCAUUAUGGUUUUACUGCUCCUGUAGUUUAAAUGACUUCUGUUGGGAAACUAUACCAAUAAAAUGUUUACGUAA